AUGGCAGACUUGCCACAGAAGGUAUCUAAUUUAAGCAUCAACAACAAAGAGAAUGGUGGUGGUGGCGGCAAAUCAUCUUAUGUCCCACCGCACUUGAGAAGUAGAGGAAAACCAUCAUUCGAAAGAAGUACCCCAAAACAGGAAGAUAAGGUUACGGGUGGUGAUUUUUUCAGACGUGCUGGAAGGCAAACUGGGAACAAUGGCGGGUUUUUUGGCUUUUCUAAGGAAAGAAAUGGAGGGACGAGUGCGAACUAUAACCGCGGAGGCAGCUCAAAUUACAAAUCAUCUGGAAAUAGAUGGGUAAAUGGCAAGCAUAUACCGGGGCCUAAGAACGCGAAAUUAGAAGCCGAACUGUUUGGUGUACACGACGAUCCCGAUUACCAUUCAUCUGGUAUAAAGUUUGAUAAUUACGAUAAUAUUCCCGUAGAUGCAUCUGGAAAAGAUGUUCCUGAACCUAUACUAGAUUUUAGUUCUCCCCCUCUGGAUGAGCUGUUAAUGGAAAAUAUCAAACUUGCUAGUUUCACCAAACCUACUCCAGUACAAAAAUAUUCUAUUCCAAUAGUUACCAAAGGUAGGGAUUUGAUGGCAUGCGCACAAACGGGCUCAGGUAAGACAGGUGGGUUUUUGUUUCCGCUCUUCACGGAGCUAUUCAGGUCUGGGCCCUCUCCAGUACCCGAGAAAGCACAGAGCUUUUAUUCUAGAAAGGGAUAUCCAUCUGCUUUAGUACUUGCACCAACUAGAGAAUUGGCUACCCAAAUUUUUGAAGAAGCAAGAAAAUUUACGUAUAGAUCUUGGGUUAGGCCAUGCGUUGUUUAUGGUGGCGCGCCAAUCGGUAACCAGAUGAGGGAGGUUGACCGCGGCUGUGACUUAUUGGUGGCUACACCAGGGCGGCUGAAUGACUUAUUAGAACGCGGAAAAGUUUCUUUGGCUAAUAUCAAAUACCUGGUAUUGGAUGAGGCUGAUAGAAUGCUAGAUAUGGGAUUCGAACCCCAAAUUCGCCAUAUAGUUGAAGAAUGUGAUAUGCCCUCUGUGGAAAAUAGACAGACCUUGAUGUUUUCCGCCACAUUCCCAGUAGAUAUCCAGCAUUUGGCACGCGAUUUCUUAGAUAAUUAUAUUUUUUUAUCAGUAGGAAGAGUCGGUUCCACCUCAGAAAAUAUCACGCAAAGAAUAUUAUAUGUCGAUGACAUGGACAAAAAGUCUGCGUUGUUAGAUUUACUGUCUGCAGAGCAUAAGGGAUUGACAUUGAUUUUUGUUGAAACGAAAAGAAUGGCGGAUCAACUCACAGAUUUUUUGAUCAUGCAAAAUUUCAAAGCUACAGCCAUACAUGGUGACCGCACACAGGCUGAACGUGAACGUGCCUUAUCUGCUUUCAAAGCUAACGUAGCUGAUAUCCUGGUCGCAACAGCUGUAGCAGCGAGAGGUUUGGAUAUACCGAAUGUCACACAUGUCAUUAAUUAUGAUUUGCCCUCCGACAUCGAUGACUACGUUCACAGAAUUGGUAGAACAGGCCGUGCUGGUAACACAGGCGUGGCUACUUCAUUCUUCAAUAGUAAUAAUCAGAAUAUUGUGAAGGGUUUGAUGGAAAUUUUAAAUGAAGCGAAUCAAGAAGUUCCCACGUUUUUAAGUGACCUGUCAAGACAGAAUUCAAGAGGUGGAAGAACUAGGGGAGGAGGAGGUUUUUUCAAUAGUCGUAAUAACGGUUCAAGAGACUACCGUAAACAUGGUGGAAAUGGCUCAUUUGGGAGCACGAGGCCAAGGAAUACUGGAACAUCAAAUUGGGGUUCGAUUGGAGGUGGGUUUAGAAAUGAUAAUGAGAAAAACGGUUACGGAAAUAGCAACGCUUCAUGGUGGUAA